AUGGUGACACAAACUCCUGCCUGGGUCUUGAAUGAUCAACAAGGCAUCGAAAGCCUGCAACUAGCCGACAACCCAGUCUCCACUCUGAAAGACGAUGAAGUUCUCGUCAAGAUACACGCCGCCUCAUUGAACUAUAGAGACAUUGUAAUCGCAAAAGGCGAGCCCCAACUCCCAUUCUUCAAACCAGGCGUAACGCCCUGUUCCGACGGAUCCGGAACAGUAACAGCAGUCGGAUCCCAAGUAAAAUCAUUCAAAGCAGGCGAUCGCGUCUGCACACAUCUCGUUUCAGGACUGUCUUCGUCCUCGGCGCCGACUUUCACAGAUAUCAAUUCCGGCCUUGGACAGCACUAUGACGGAACUCUGCGCAAACAUGCCAUGUUCCAUGAAUCGGCUCUUGUGCCAAUGCCGCCAUCUCUGAGCUUCCUUGAGGCUUGUACCUUGACUUGUUCUGGGCUCACGGCGUGGAAUGCCCUGUUUGGACUGGACGGGCUUGUACCCGGGGAGGGAACGACUGUUCUCGUACAGGGUACGGGCGGUGUUUCUAUUGCUGCAUUGCAGUUUGCCAUCGCGGCUGGCUCGACCGUCAUCGCGACGACUAGCACAGAAGCCAAAGCUGAGCAGUUGAGAUCGCUCGGUGCUCACCAUGUGAUUAAGUAUCGCACAAGUCGGGAUUGGGGCGAUGUUGCUAAGAGUCUCACGCAUGGAAGGGGUGUUGAUAUUGUUGUUGAUGUCGGUGGUUUAUCGACGCUCCCGCAAUCGUUCAAGGCAGUGCGCACGAACGGUCUUAUUGCGGUAACUGGGCUGCUAGGUCACGCAGAGGAUCAGGCUGCUGUUCCUACAAUCUUGGAUUGCUUGAUUAAUGUUUGCACGGCGCGGGGGAUUCUUCUUGGUACCCGUGACCAGUUCCAUGAUAUGAAUCGGUUUAUUGAAGACAAGGGUAUCAAACCUGUUGUUGAUGAGGAGGUUUUUGACUUUCUGGAGGCAAAGGAGGCGUACAGAUAUUUGGAGCAGCAGAAGCAUUUCUCCAAGGUUUGUAUCCGAUUAGAAUGA